AUGGCUAGGAAGUGCUCAAGUUGUGGAAACAACGGCCACAACUCCAGGACAUGCAGUGGCAAUACAGGCAUGGAGGACAGUAGUAUCGGUGGGGAUUCAACUUGUUGUGGCCUGAGGCUAUUUGGGGUGCAGCUCCAGGUAGGUUCAUCUUCUUCUCUGAAGAAAUGCCUCAGCAUGAAGUGCUUGUCACCGGCAACCUAUUAUGGAGCUACUGCUGUGUUGAGCACAUCGCCUUCGGUGUCGCCGCCGUCUUCACUUGUCUCCAUAGAGGAGACCACCGAGCAAUUCUCCGGCGGAGAUCUGUCCGAUGGCCUCGUAGCCAGAGUUCAGGAAAGGAAGAAAGGAGUUCCAUGGACAGAGGAAGAGCACCGGAUGUUCCUUGUUGGCCUUGAAAAUCUUGGGAAAGGCGACUGGCGGGGAAUUUCCCGACACUUCGUCGUGUCACGGACUCCAACGCAGGUGGCCAGCCAUGCACAGAAGUACUUCCUGAGGCAGUGUAGCCUCACGCAGAAGAAGAGGAGAUCCGGCCUCUUUGAUGCGGUGGAAGGUGCCAAGAAGUCUGCAAUAGUAAGGACAUCAGUAUUAUCUGAAGUGCAAUUGAAGGAGGCUGUUCGGCCUCCUCCAUUCCUGAAUUUAUUGAGCAAUGCAUCGACAGGUAGUGAUGGUGUUGCUUCACAGGCCCGUUGUUCCUCCCUAAGCUUGAUGGCUCAACCUCAGGUUCACCUUAAGAUGGCUGACCUCGAGCUAAAGAUGUCGACAUCCCGGUUAUCCGACCAAGCUGGCCCGUCACCGAGCACUCCUUUAUUUGGAACAAUCAGGGUUACCUAA